AUAAUAUAAAAAAGUGGUAUAAUGAUGUCAUAUUUCAGAUGAAUGCAGCAGGUGUGUUAUUUGUGCGAGAUGUUACUUCUUACACAGGCAAUACGUACGUUUUUGAAAUAAUAGCUGCCGACAGUGGAGGGUUGCAAGGGACGUGUACAGUUACAAUUAUAUUCAGUCCGGUGAUCACCACUACAACAUCGACUACCGAAAGAACGCUGAAGUUUGAAGAUGACUACCAAAAUUACAUAUGGUUGUUUUUGUUAGGAUGUGGAAUAUUUGCUUGUAUUGUCGUUAUAUUGAUCAUUGUGUGGAAAGAUCCAGUCGUCAAUGAAUAUAUGAACUUUAAGAUAUACAAGUUAUGCGAGUGGUGUAGAAAGAAACCUAAGCCAAAGAAGCCAAGACGCCAUGUUGAGAAACUCCGGGUCAUGAUUAACAAGAAGGACCUUGAAAAUGAUCCUGACAACGCGUUACCAUGGGAACUCCUUGCUAAAGACAACGACGUACCGGAAGUGAACGAAGUGCAAGAAAUGAUCAAGCAUCGGUCCGAAAAGCGAGAUCGUGACUAUAAGAACUUUUCGGGUCUUCCGGUGUUUGAGAGAGGAAAAGGGAGCCGUCCCGAAUCCGGACGAGCUACAAUUCACUCUUCAGCGAGUAGCGCUGGUAGACCGGACAGUGAAUCGCCUAAGUAUGCAACAUUUAUGUCUUCUACUGGCCAGGAGGACGAAGACGGUGGUGAAGGUCAAUGGGGUGAUCUAACCGAGAGACGUGUUAUUAUAACACCGGUUGCACCAGUUCCGGAAGACAAUGGCAACGACAGGAAUAAAAGCGAAACGGAGGCUCCAAAUGAGGAUUCUUCACAGGACUGGUGAAAUGGUGGCUUUCAAUGACUUUCAAAAAGUCUGUGAAAAUAUUUU